AUGGGUGCUGCGACACAGCAGGAGCCGGCGCGCGUCGACGCCACGCCGGCAAAGGCGGGUGUGGACGCUGGGCCGCCUGAAGCCGCUGAAUUACUGAACGGGCUGGCUGGUGGUGACCCGCAGCCUCUGGGCAGCGGCGCCGUGGACAACGCGAUCGCCGUUCUCAAGGCGAUGGACCCCCUGGCGUGCCUGAGUGACCUGCUGGCCGACAUGAACACCCUCAGCCCCACGCCAGCCCUGGCGCUGCCAGAGGUGGCAGACCUGAUCAGGAGCCGGCUGGAGGGCAUAGAGCUCUGCAGCAUUACUGCAAUCGUCGGGCCCCAAGCCGGCGGCCAGGGCGGCGACGACGACGACAUCAGGCCGCCGCAGGCCGCGGGCGUGCUCAUGGCUGUGGCCGGGGGCGGCUCCAAGGUGCUGGAGGGGCUCACCGUGGUGCGCGGCCCCCAGUGGAGCGCGCUGCACGUCGCCGUCACCAACGCGCCGCUGCACGUGCACUCGGCCGAGGCGGGCGAGCUGCCUGACGGCUCGCCGCUGCCCGAGGACUGGGCGCGCCUGUGCAGCGCGGCGGGGCUGGCCAGCUUCUUGGCUGUGCCGAUGGCCCUGGGGCCGCAGGUGCUGGGGGUGCUCACGGUGGCGGCGGCCCAGCCUGACGCGUUUGCAGAUCCCGGGUGGCAGCGGCUGAUGGCGGCCACGGCCAGCGCGUGCGUCCAGCACAUGCGGAGCCCGCAGCUGUGCUACCUGGCGAGCAUGCUUGCCUGUGCUGAGGGGGAGGAGGACGACUUGGGGUGCAUGGAGGUUCUCAUCUACGGCCUGUCCAUGUACAUGCGGCGCUGCACCAACCUCAAAGUCAGCGUGAGGGUGGGCCUGGUGGACAGGGGGCGCAAGGCGGUGUUGGUGUUGGAGGGAGACCCCAAGGCGCCAAAGGUCAAGGUGCCCCCUCCCACCUCCAUGGACGACAACUCGUUCCGCCCGCCGCCGCGGGUGGCGCGCGCGCUGGUCGCAACCGACGUGCCCCUGGCUGGCACGCUGCUGGAGUCCGCUGUCACCGCGCACAAGGCGCGCUGCAUCAAGGACUGCGCCGCCUACUUCCAGUCCGCGGUGGACCCCGUGGGGGACAUCUUCACGGCGGGGAGCUCCCUGGUUUCGUCCAUGGCCGUGGUGCCCUUCAGCCACAAUGAGUCCGACCUGGGCGGCAUCACAGGGUGGGGGGCCAUCUACUUCACCCUGCCGGAGCCGUGCGACUUUGCGCUGCUGCAGGAGGACGUGCUGGGCGCGGUCAGCGCAACCACGCUCACGCUGCACGCGCGCCUGCGCGACCGCGCGGCGGCGCUCGGGCCGUGCGUGGCGGAGGUGACGGACCAGAGGCGCCGCAGCAGCUCUAUCGCGGAGGGCGCGCCCGGCGCGGAGGCGGAGGCGGCGUCCGUGCCCGGGUCUGCGGGGCUCAGCAAGGGCGCCCCCUUCUCGGCCAAUAACAAGAAGCUGUGCACAGAGGCCAUGAAGAGGGCGAUCCAGCACAAGCUGCAGACGACGCACAAGGGCGGCCGGCGGUCGACAGGCAGCAGCGUGGCGGCCCCCACCAACCAGGACCUCGUGCUGCACGACCGCAUCGGCCAGGGCGGCUUCGGCAUCUGCUACAAGGGCAUGUACAAGAACUCUGUGGCGGCCAUCAAGGUCAUGUAUGCGCGCAAGCAUGAGAAGGAGGCCUUGAAGGAUGCCGUGGAGAUGGCGGUGCUGUCAGAGGUCAACCACCCCCACAUCGUGCAGCUCUACGCUUGCCUGACGGAUAUGAUUGAGGUCGCGGCAGACAAGCUGGACGUUGGCGUGGCUCAACUGGGCGGCACCGCCCAGAUGCUGCCGCACUACCGCCCUGCACGCCCCGACGACGCCGUCACCUGCAACAUCGUGAUCAUGGAGUUCUGCGACCGCGGCUCCCUGCGCGACGCGCUGAAGCGGGGCGCGUUCCACAGGCGUCUGGAGGGCGGCGUGAUGGCGGUGGACGUGCUCAAGGUGGUGCGCGUGCUGCUGCAGGUCAGCAGCAGCCUGGAGUACCUGCACGACCGCAAGAUCCUGCACUGCGACAUCAAGAUGGAAAAUGUGAUGCUGAAGAGCGACCCCUCGCGCGAAAUGGGCUUUGUCGCCAAGCUGGGGGACUUUGGACUGGCGAAGAUGCUGAACGACAACUACUUUGUGACCAACCGCAGUGGUGCUGGCACAAUCACCCACCUGGCGCCAGAGCUGCUCAAGGCCGGGGCAAAGCUGACCGAGGCCAUAGACACCUACGCCUUUGGCAUUCUCAUGUACACGAUGUACGCCGCGCAGCGGCCCUACGCCAGCCUGACCCAGGAGCAGAUCGUCGACCGCGUCAUCCGCAAGGGCAUGCGCCCCACGUUCCCCUCAGCCGCGCCGGCCGCGUUUGUCAACCUCGCGUCGCGCUGCUGGGACGCCGACCCUAAGAUGCGGCCCAGCUUUGUGGAAAUCAGCGCGACGCUCAAGGAGAUCAUCAACGGGGAGGAUGGUGGCGGCAGUUGA